AUGCGAAAUCUUCAAACUAGAACAUUGUUGGAUGUAUGCCAAAGAUCAUUAGCAGUUACGUAUGGCUUAGUCUGGUCAAAACUCAGCGACAAUAAUAGCCGGGAGAAAAAUAGAGAGGGCGGAUCGGUUGAAGACAGUGGCAAACCGCUUCGUGCUGUUGCGUGUCCUAUUAAAGUGCGGCUGAAUAAUAGGUGUCCGUCGUCGUCGACUUCGGCGCCAUUCGUCCGUCUGUCAGUCCGUCAAACUUCUCCGGCCGCAGCUUCUUCAUUUUCGAGAAACUGA